GAUCAAAAAGUUGAAGAUUUGCGUGUGAGUGUGUAUAUUCUUCAUCGCUUGUUUCAACAUUUUUAUUUGAUUUUUAUUUUAUUCUGAGUUUUGUGGGAGAGUGGUUGCAGGUGGGGAUGGCUGGGUGAUGUCACGAGCGACAUGCCGCAGCUGACGCACGCGGACGGGGCGCGCGCGCCGCGACCCGGCCGCGGCCGCUUGCGCGUCUAUAAAGUGGUGGUGCUCGGCGAGGGUGGCGUCGGCAAGUCUGCGCUUGUCCUGCAGUUCGUCAGCCACAACUUCAUCGAGUACCAUGACCCGACUAUCGAGGAUGCGUACCAGCAGCAGGCGGUGAUUGACGGCGAGCCGGCGCUGCUCGACAUCCUGGACACGGCCGGCCAGGUCGAGUUCACCGCCAUGAAGGAGCAGUACAUGCGCUGCGGCGAGGGCUUCAUCAUCUGCUACAGCAUCUGCGAUCGGCGCAGCUUCGAGCAGGUGGCCGAGUACCGGCGGCUGCUCAGUCGCGUCCGCGCCGCUGAUGACGUGCCUCUCGUCAUCGUCGGCUGUAAACUCGACCUGGACAGUCACAGAAAGGUGCUGACUGAGGAGGGGCGCGAUCUCGCACGCCAGCUGAACGCGCCCUUCUUUGAGACGUCGGCGGCCUACCGCCGCUUCGUGGACGACUCUUUCCACGCGCUCGUGCGGAUCAUCCGCAAACAGGAGCGCGACAAGGAUGAGGACGAGGAGCGGCGGCUGCAGCCGUCGCCGGGCCGGGCGCCGCGGAUCCGGCGCCGCUGGCACCGGCUCUGUGCCCUGCUCUCAGUGAUGUUUCGCCGUCGCCGUCGGGAUCGGCUCAAGUCGCCCAGCCGCGCCUGAGGCCGGCGCUCUACCAUGCCGCACUGCCGGCGCCCGGUCCGCCCGACCGACGGCACUGAAUUGAGCCGUCUCGGUCCGUCGGUGGGGCUUUGCUGGCGACUCGGCUAGACGUGAGUCAUUGCGAAUCUGAGAAUCGGCUAGAGCUGACGACUCGACCGGUGAGUCAGCGUGCAAAACGAUGGUCUCCGGCAAGCUAUCUCAUGUACAGCGCAGCUCAGUAGGAACCCAGGCUUCCAAUGCGCCCCCGCCGUCUGCGCCGGCGCCACACUCCCGCUGUCAUCGCUAGGCUUCAGCGGAGAUUGCUGAAUGGGCGGGUGCUCACGUCGCCUGUUGGACAGUUAGCGGCAGCUGCAGUCGCGGCCGGGGUUCUGCGUCGCGGUUUUAGCGAGGCAGUCCACCAAUGCGAUGUUUUUGGGACUGGCCGUUCGCUAUGGAAGAUAGCGCUGCUGGCGACCCGCGGGUUGGGACGGGGACGGGUCUGCAUAGGCGUUUAGGCAUAGCGUGCUGCCUGCUCAGCAGUAGAAUUAUCUAGUCAGCCACGUGCACAAGCCUAGUGUUGCCGCGGCGCUUGUUGCUGUGCGGUUUGCCGUGCUUUGUGAGGCGGUAUCGUAUUAGGCAGUGCGUCUUAUUGCGCCAGCUGCUGCCGUGUGACAUUUUAGAAGUUUCGUAGGGCGUUUUGGGUGUCACCCUGCUUGCUGCGGGUAGAGACAGUUGUAUAAGGCGAGCGCUGACGUCUUCCCGCUGUUUGGCCUGCGGGCAGAACUGAGGGGGCCAGCCGGCCGUCUGUAGUGCUGAGUGCUGCGGGUGGCGCGGCCCGCCAUCACCAAUGGCGGUCUGCGCAUACGAAGGCCGACUGGUGCUGCUUCCCUGACGGCGGUACAUAGCUUUAACAAGAGCUCCUAGGUCCUAUGCGUGUAUGGCGCCGCUGCCGGUACUUCUAGUCUUCAAUUUAUAAGUCUUUUAGUGUGGACAGGAGUUAAAGUUGUAUCGCAACUUUUUGCUGCAUUUAAUUCUGGCCUUACGGUAAGAAUCUAGGAGUAAUAUUGAGUUAUGGGUGUAAAUUGAUUUACAUGUGUUUACUUUGGAGCCCUUAGCUUUUAUAAUAUUCUAUCGGCAACUGAUGGGCACAUUUGUUACCGUACUGUCGGCCUUGCAUAAGUUUUUUUAUCGAUUAUAUUUGACAGUGCAUUGCAUUUUCUUAACACUAUGGAAAAAUGCGUUAUUAUAAUAAUCUCGAUGUGCACUCCGAUGACGAGGCAAUAGUUAGGUACUAACUUGCGAGCAUUAGCGUGUUUCGUAGCAUUCUCCAUGCAAUGCUUUAUAUUUUAUCAACUUAUUGUGUUGAGUUUAUUCAUGCUAUACCUUGUUACUAUGUAUUGUGUUUUAGUCCAUGCCGUGUUGGUAUGGUUUUCGGUAUAAUUUGAUCAGGUCGCUCACAAAGGAACUUACUAUCCUGGUAGCGCUAGUAUUGUCGUGUUUAUUCGUGCCCUCAGGAUAGCUUCCCCAUAUUAUUUGAAUCUCUUUUCGGUCGCGCCAUGCGUGCUAACGCUUUCAAACAUCACGCCAGUUAUUUGAGAAGUCAUACAUUUGUAGUUUAA